CGUUGUCCCCGCCUCGUCUGGGUUUCUCCUGGUUUCUCCCUCUCUGUCCGCAUCGGCCUCGUCGCUCGCUCUACACUCAAGGUCGUCGUGUCUGUGACCGGCUGGCUGGCCACGGACUCCGCACCUGCCCCCUCUCUUCACUGCCGACUUAACCAUCCAGCCCAACACCAACCAUCAUCCUGAAACAACCAUGUGCAAAGCUGGCUCGUGGAAACGUGAGGUCGUCCCCGACCAUAAAUUCGACUUCGUUGACACCCGCGAGUUCACCGACAAUGGCUUCGGCAUGCGCAUGAAGUAUCUGUGGCUCUACAUCAUCGUCCUCAAAUCCUUCCUCGUCUACAUCUCCGAUAUCUUCACGGCCAUUACGAUGGCCACAACCCACAACUGGUCGAACCAGGUCUUCGCAAAUUGUUCGAACACUGCAAACACUGGCUGCGUCUUCAUCCCGUUUACAGUGGGCAAAUGGAUAUUCAUCGGCUGCAUCAUUGUGUCUUUCCUCCUCCUCGCGUACGAAGGACACAAGUCGAAGAAGAUCAUCGCCAGUCGUGACAUCUCUUACGCCUUCACCAACGUCAUGGCCAACCACUAUUACUCCCUUAGGUCCUACAACCACUUUUGUUUCUUCAGCCAUAUCUCUAAUUCCACCAAGAAGAAGGACGACUUCGCCUUCUUCAUUUUCUUCACCUUCAAGAGUUGGAAGCGCCUUCUUCUCGCGGACGCGCCUCGUCAAACUAUCAACGCUCUGACCCUUUAUGCUAUUUACCUCGCCAAGCACGACAAGGGCCCAUGGGAUGACUUCACAAAAUACUUCGCUGGAAAUACCUUUGUGACGACGGUGUUGACGUUCUCCAUGCUGUUUACCGUCUUGAUCUGCGCUGGCUCCAUGCUCAUGCUCAUCAUCGCGGGUGUUUGCUACGUCCCCUGGCUCUGCUACAUACAGGGCAACCUGAAGGAAUACGUCUGCCACAAAGUCGACAAGCGCAUCGCCGAGAUUAUCCGCCGCCGGAACAAGCAACGGCUCCAGAAGGCGCAAGCUCUUGCGAAGAAGGAAGCCAUGGGCGACUUCUCCCAUCUCAAGAACAAGAAGGGCGAACUCGUCCACCAACCUCUCCCCCAGCCUACCCUGCCCAACGUGUCUUUGGACGAUGAUGAGUUUGAUGACGGUGCCUCCCAGAAGACGCGAGGCCCGGCUCCGUCGACCUACACCCAAGACACUUACUACUAUAACGCCGACCACAAGGCCGCUUAUCCUCCGAAAGACUACGCGACUACCGACUACCCUCCUAUGCCUGCCUACGCCGGCCAGCCAUACGGCCAACAAUAUCAGUCGACGCAGAGCUUCGGUGAUGACCGAACACUGUAUGGUGAUGACCGUGGCGCAAGCAAAACCCAGCUUGAUGGGCCUGACCAGUACCACUAUGGUGCCGGUCAGCAGCCCGACUACGGUCAGCAAGACUACGUCCAUGAUCCCCAGGCAUACCCCCAUGAUUAUCCAAAUGCGCAUUCUCAGUAUUCCACCACAGGGUAUGCUGCAUACCCCGAGGGUCAUGCGCACACGGGCUCCAUGGAUGACCGGCUGCCCACACCGAACUUGGCGUACGAUCAAGAUUACCCCAGUCCGACGUCAGGUGGUCCACCUCCCCGUUCAUUUGCUGGUCAGAUGGGCGACGUAGGGAAUAUGACGAGUGGUGGUAAUGGCCAAGGUUAUGGGAGAGCGAUGUAGGACCGAGUUAGGAAUAGCGCUGAGCAUCCGGACCUUCGUCAUGUAUGGAUAUGUAUAUAUUCCGUUCCUCUUAGUAUAUCUUUAUCAUUAUAAUGUGGGUAUGGUUCGCAUUUCGACAAUGUAGUCAACACCACCAGAAGCAUUCAGUCCAGCUCUUGCGCACCGCUAAGGAUGUCAUGGCGAAGCUUGAGUAACCCUCUCCAUCCGUUUUCGCUCACGGGUGACCGCGUCCAUUUUACGCCGCCAGGCAGGUCCAUAGCGUUCAGAGGGGUCAGGCAUCGACGGUUCCUGUAUUGGUCCGUAACGAGAGGGUGGAAACAGAAUCCACGUCAACUUCGCAUUGACCAGACCAAUGGGUAUAGGCCCCAAACGAUUACUGUCACCAGAAUGGAAGAACUCGUCUCCCUCGACCCAGAGGUGACCUUCAGGCACGAUUACUUCAUGAUCGGGAUAGGGAGGCAAGGUCAUAACAGUGUCACCGGCGAGAGCCACCACCCGCUUCACCAUCAAAUAUUCGGGAUCAAAGGGAGACUUGAAAGCAAUUAUGUCUCCUCGCUUUAAGCUUCUCAGGGCUUGUACGGUCCGGUCGAACACCGCAACAUCUUGCCAGAGCGACUCAUCAGGAUUAAGAGUAGGUGUCAUGCUCCGACCGGAUAUUUGUUUGACCGUAUAGAAAUUCUUCGUGAAGACAAUACCACUAGGCAGCCAUACGAAAGCAGAGGCUGUCCAUUUCAGCCUCGGGUACUGGUUGAGAAAUUGACGUAGUCCACGAAAGAUCGUUUGCGACAUGAGAUCACUGGUACG